UCGCUCCCUCCCGUGCGCGCACGCUCUGCGUACGUCUCCACUUUGCUGUGGUAAAUGACAGCAUUGAUCUGAACGGCGGGUGCGGAUCUGUCUUUUUCUUCUUCUUCUUGUUCGACGCGCCGACUUUUUUGGGGAAAAACACACGCGCGCGCGAGAGAGACGUGCCUCCUCUCUCACCCUGCAUGUGUCUGUGAGGACCCCCUGGUCAUGUUCAUUUAGCUGCCCUGCGUGAUGCCUGAUCAUGACAGCACCGCACUCCUAAGAGACUCCAGACAGACGAAGCGCCGACGCGUCGACAUCGGGGUGAAGAGGACCGUGGGUAGCACAAUAUUCGCCCGUGCCAGCGAAAGCCUGUUCGACAGCAUGAACCAAUCACACGGCCCGGACCAGGACGGCGACUGCUCGCUGGUCAGUCGCGGCCAUGGAGGUGUUGCCGGCGAUGGAGAGAAGUCUAAUGUUCUGAGGAAGUUGCUGAAGAGGACAAACUCUUACGACGACGCCAUGAUGCCCUUUCCUGGCGUCACCAUCAUCUCUCAGCUGCUGAAGAAUAACAUAGUCAAGAAUGGAGGCAGCGACUCAGGCUUCCAGGGGAGUGGAGCUCUGUCCAGUGGCGGCUCGGAGAUUCAAGGUGAGGACGCCUGUAGCAACUCCUCCCGUGACCAGGACAGCCCAUCUGACUGCUUGUCUCCUGGGCCACCUCCUCCAUCGUCCUCCUCCUCCUUCAGGGGGCCACCACCUCCAUUGGGCUUGAACUCACACGCUCCCUCUCAGCCUCACUCCCUCGCCUCGUUCGACUUGGACAGGCUGUCGGACGAGCACCUCCGCGCCAAACGGGCCCGCGUGGAAAACAUCAUCCGCGGCAUGAGCCACUCGCCGCUGGUGCGGCCCAAUCCCGGCGACCACAGCCAAGAGAGCAGACACGAGAACAGCAGCAACAACAGCAACAGCAGUAACGAUCACAGGGGGGACGGCAAUGUCCACAGCACUGGCAACCACAACCACAUUCCCAGCGACUGCCCGUCCCUCUUGAACUCGCCGGGAUCGCGGGCCACCGUUGUCAGCGUCGGCGAGGUCUACAGGGAGAAUAAGAGGAAACAGCGUCUGCCGCAGCAGCAGCACAGCUUCACACAGCUGGUGUGUUCCAGGCAGGAGCAGAGACAGGAAGAGAGACGGCAGCUCAAACUGCAACUGGAGGACAUGCAGAAACAACUGCGCCAACUCCAGGAAAAAUUCUACCAGAUCUACGACUCAGAGACGGAAGAAGAGGAGGAGAAUGGUGAGAAUGGAGAGGGUGACCGAGGAGAAGAAGACGGUAACUUGUCUGAGGACAGCAUACGCUCUGACGGCUUGGAGGAAAGACACCGAGACAGAGGCCGACACAGACACGACCAACUCCCCGAGCUGGACCCGGGUCUGUUCCUGGACCGGGCCCGAGCCCUCCUCCGAGAACAGGCCCUGUUAGACGGAGAAAUAGAAGAUGUGGACGGCAGGGAGGAGGAGAGGAAUAGAGAAAGGGUGAUGAAGAGGAGAGGAGCGGCGGCAGGAGCCGGGGGAGGGGGACGGCAGUUAGCAGAGACUCUAAAGCAGGAGCUGAACUGUGCCGUGUCACAGGUCGUUGACACGGUCGUCAAGGGCUUCUCUUCGCCCAAGCAGGCUGUCAGUCACCAUCACGGCUGCCGCAACAACACACCAGCUGCACCCUCCUCCAACUCGUCCUCUUCCUGUCCUCCGCCGUUUGGGCCCCUGCCCUCCCUUACCCCGGACUCGCGCUUUAGCAGCGGCGCCCUGGCCCUCACUUUGAAUGGCGAUGGCAGCCCCACUCCCAACUACCACUCCUCCAACCAGAGGCUGCACUGCUUUGGCGACGUCAUCGUCCCCAGCCCGAUGGAUUCCUUUGGCGGUUUGAGCAGCAGACUGAGCGGCGUGCCGACACCCAACGAUCAAACAGAGGCCCUGCCAUUGGUGGUACGGAAGAACGGCGGUGGCGCCGGGGAAGAGAACAUCAACCCGUCGUUUCCUCCGCCGCCUCCACCUCACCAUCCCUCCCUUCACCCCUCUCCCCUCACUGCCUCUCUCGGGUUUAGCCCUCCAUCAUUUCGCCACCCAUUCCCUCUCCCCCUUAUGGGUUACCCCUUUCAAAGCCCACUGGGGUCACACGGGGGCGGAGCCGGGUACCCGCCGGGGCCAAAGGACCUCCAUCGGUCCUCGCCCGAUUCCAUGGACAUGACGCGGGAAGCUCUCAGCCUCAGAACCAAAAUGGCGUCCCUCGGAGGGAGGCACCUCAGUCACCACCACCACCACCACCACCACCAGCACAGGCAGAGCUCACCGAGCCAGCACGGACCAGAGGGUCUGUCUCUAUCCCUCAUCAAGUCAGAGUGUGGAGACCUGCAAGACAUCGCCGACAUGUCGCCUUACUCAGGCAGCACUAUUCAGGAGGGUUUGUCUCCCAACCACCUGAAGAAAGCCAAGCUCAUGUUCUUCUACACCCGCUACCCUUCCUCCAACAUGCUCAAAAUGUACUUCUCCGACGUCAAGGUUGUCCUGUUCCAGUUCAACCGCUGCAUCACCUCGCAGCUGAUCAAGUGGUUCAGCAACUUCCGGGAGUUCUACUACAUCCAGAUGGAGAAGUUUGCGCGGCAGGCCAUCAACGAGGGCGUGACGGCCGCGGACGAGCUGUCGGUGGGCCGCGACGCCGAGCUCUUCAGGGCCCUCAACAUGCACUACAACAAGGCCAACGACUUUGAGGUCCCCGAUCGAUUUCUGGAGGUGGUCCAGGUGACUCUCCGCGAGUUCUUCAACGCGAUCGUGGCGGGCAAGGACGCGGACCCGUCCUGGAAGAAGGCCAUCUACAAGGUGAUCUGCAAGCUGGACAGCGACGUCCCCGACGUCUUCAAAUCCCCAAACUGUCUACAAGAGCUCCUCCACGACUGACUAGGACCAGGGAGGAGGCGCGGCAAGCAAGACAAACCUCUCAGACGACUGUGAAGACGCACGCACGGACAAGGCUGAGGUCUUUUUCUCUGUGAUGCAGAGACUUAGAUUAUUCCUGCAGAGGUUUUGUUCUCGUUCAGCCCGCUCUUCAAAAAAAACACAAACCCAGCCUCAAGAUGUUUUUUUUAGAGAAAGAGUAUUCGUCUUUGCCGAGACUCACGAGUCAGAUCCUUGUAUUGACAAAUCCUGCAGAGACUUUUACAAGAUUGACAAGCGGAAAAGCGGAAAAGCGGUGAAUACUCGACAUCCUUGCACUUACAGAGAUAAAAAAAAGACCCCUCCGAUCUGGAAACCUCGUCCCCUUCUUUCUUUCCUUCCUUCCUUCUCGUCUGAUCUCGCUCCCGAUCGUCGAUCUUCAGUGUCGACGACAUCUGGGAUCGGGAGUGAACUGAAAAUAAAGAUGAUAAUAUAUAAAUAAAUCUUUUUAUUGUGACUGUUUUUAAGUUUCAUGAACAUUUUUUUGAGGAAAAAAAAGUGAUGUUUGUUAUUUUUUAUUUUUUUCCCCUCCUCCCCCUCCCCCUCCCUUUGUAUAUGCUUACACCUCCUCUGUCUCUUACACAGGUACACACACACACACACACACACAGAAAGCACAGUAGCAAUUCCCAAACUCCUCAAACCCGACAUUUUCCCCGUCUUCUUUUUACUUCUUCCUCUUCUUUACUGUACUGAGACUUACUGGGUGUUUGUCUUGACUGUGACUCUCCCUGCCGCUCGCCUCCACGGCUGCCUCUCUUUGCAGACACUCAGAGUAUUGACAACAAAAUAUCGACUCCUUUAAACUGUGCCAGUUGUUUUUUUUUUGGAAUCUCACUAUACUUGAUUAAAUCAACACAAAACAAGUUAUUUCAUAACUUCAGCUCCCAUACACUGUCACAGUUUGACGUUUAUGUAUAUGUUGAUGAAAAAAAAACACCUUUAGGAAGCUCUUAAAUAUUGUUUCACUAUGUUUUCUUUUAUUUUGUGAUAGGAAAAAACAUAAAUCAGUACUUAAUGUUGUAAAAAUGACUUAAAAACGUUCCGUUUUGGCCACUUCCUGGCUCACCCAGUAAUGUUCUAGCACUGUUGCAUUAAGGUCAUUGUUUGUGUGUUAGUUUACUGCUAUUAUUAUUAUUAUUAUUAUUAUUGUGUGUGUGUUGUGUUUCACACUUAAACUCCAUUUAAGUCACUUUUAUUUUGAAAUUUGAACUCAUUCAUUGCAGCUCUCACUGGCCUCUCAGAUGACGACAGACACCAAAAAAAACAUAAUUUAAAGUUAGAAAAACAAGGAAUGGUGACUGAAUAUUGACAUUUUAAAAGUUUUAACCCCCUUUCAUCCUUUAUUUUUUUUUAGACAUUUUGUUUUUGCUCCGUGCGAUAAAGAGGGGCAGCCGCGAGCGGGCGGGUCACGUGUGAAGUGUUUAAGGUUUUAACAGCAGAAAAAAAAAGAAUAAAAAUAAAUAAAGACAUACAUAAGAAAAUGCUGAUAUUUGUAGCUUGUAUAGAUGUAAUAUUACUCCUGAUCACUUUUAUUAUUUAUAAUUGAAAUAACUAUUCCUAUUAAUGUUAUGAUGGUGAUGAUGAUGAUGAUGAUGAUUAAUGCUUGCUACAGACUUGACCAGUGAUUUACUCAUUGUUAAUCAUCAAACACUGCAACAUAAAAAUAAAUUAUUCUUUGAG